GCGAGCUCCCCGAACACAUCCUAAAACUGCCCCUAUAUUAUGAAACUGUUCGGAGACGAUUUAGAUGUGAAUGAUUCCGUUUUUCCCGUAUUUGUCUCUUUCUUCCCUCGUUCUUCCUUUUCUUUUUUCUAGGAAAAAAGUGGGAAAAACAGAAUCAUUCCGAUCGGAAUCGUUUCCGAACAGGAAACAGGAACAGGGAACAGGAGUUUCAUAAUAUGUGCCCGGAAGUUCCUCGCGGGGCGCCAGCGCCAUCCGAUGCUUCAGUUGUCGCGUGAUUCAGCUUCGUGAUUGGCUCCCGCCAAACAACGCACUUUCACACGCCUUCUAGCGGCAAUCGCGCUAAGCAUCUCAAUUCAAAUUCUUCAACGGAUGCUGUGUCUCGCUGCGUAAGAAACAGGACGCGUUGUCGUUUGACGAAGGCAAAAGUGUACUAACUGUGUGCAGCGAGAAGUACUCGAAGCAAAACAGGCACGCGAAAAAGCACGCAAAAUGAAUGACACACGCAGUUUGAAGAAGGAAAAGAAUCAGCACAUACAGGUUUUCGUCCGUGUCAGACCGAUAAAUAACAAUGAGAAAGUUGGUAAAUCAUUCUCAGCAGUGGAAUUACCAUCUAACAAAGAAGUAGUGAUACAUGAGAGACCACAAGACAAGCAUUCGAAAAAGUUUACUUUUGACAAAGUGUUUGGGCCUACUUCAAAACAGAUAGAUGUAUAUAAAGCAGUCGUUAGCCCAUUGCUCGAGGAAGUACUGGCUGGAUAUAAUUGUACAGUUUUUGCUUAUGGUCAAACUGGAACGGGGAAAACAUUUACUAUGGAAGGUGUUAGCAACGAUCCAACGUUACAUUGGCAGAGCGACACCACAGCUGGAAUAAUCCCACGCGCGUUGAGUCACCUUUUUGAUGAAUUGCGUUUACUGGAAGUGCAGGAAUAUACGGUACGAGUUAGCUUCCUUGAACUAUACAACGAGGAGUUGUUUGACCUACUGUCACCUAAUGACGACGCAUCUAAGAUAAGACUGUACGAAGACGCUACGAGGAAAGGUGCGGUGAUCAUCCAUGGAUUAGAGGAAGUAACUGUGCACAAUAAAAAUGAGGUUUACAAGAUUCUGGAGAAAGGCUCGGAGAGGAGACAAACAGCGGCAACCUUGAUGAACGCCCACUCGAGCCGUUCUCACACGGUAUUUUCAAUUACCAUUCACAUAAAAGAAAAUAAUGUGGAUGGGGAGGAACUUUUGAAAACCGGAAAAUUGAAUUUAGUCGAUUUGGCUGGCAGCGAGAAUGUUGGAAGGUCUGGUGCAGUCGACAGGAGAGCGCGAGAGGCAGGAAAUAUUAAUCAGUCGUUACUGACUCUUGGACGAGUUAUAACAGCUCUCGUUGAGCGAGCACCUCAUAUACCGUAUCGGGAGUCGAAACUAACGAGGCUUCUGCAAGAAUCGUUGGGCGGACGUACAAAAACUUCAAUUAUCGCAACGGUGUCUCCAGCAAGCAUAAAUCUCGAAGAAACAUUGUCGACACUGGACUACGCUCAUCGUGCGAAAAAUAUCACGAAUCGCCCCGAGAUCAAUCAGAAAUUGUCGAAGAAAGCUUUGCUUAAGGAGUAUACGGAAGAAAUUGAGAGACUUAGGAGGGAUUUACUAGCGAGUCGCGAACGGAACGGCGUAUACCUGGCGCAGGAAAAUUAUAACGAGAUGCAAACGUUGAUUGAGAAUCAGACCAAGGAGAUCGAAGAGAAGAUAACGCACAUUAAGGUGCUUCAAGAAACGAUGGAAGCUAAAGAGCAAAUAUUCAACGAUUUACAAGAAAAGCAUGUCGAGCAAACUACCCAUUUACACAAGACCAAGGAAGAGUUGGAAAGCACCACGCAUGCUCUGGUGUCGACCAACGCGCUUUUGAAGAUGACCGAACGUGAAAAGGAAGAACAAUGCCACUUAGUAGAGAAACAUGUGUCUACGGAAGAAGAACUUUUAUCACAGGCGCAAACACUCCUGAAUAUCGCUGAUACAACGACAAGUGACGUACAUAAACUUCAUGAUAAAAUUUUGCGCAAGAGGCAACUGGAGCAAGAAAACGAGCAUCUUAGUCAUCAUUUUCGAAGUAACGUCGCACGACAAUUUCAAGAUAUGGAAAAUAGUGUUAAAACUCAUACACAGAAUUUCCUACAAUUUUGCGCUCUUUUAAAAAAUAAUAUUGAUGUACAAAUGAAGCAGUUCAAAGAGGAUACGGAUGCGAUGAUCGAUCAUAUGUCGAAUGAUAUUAUUAAUAAAGAACAAUUUGCAGUGGAUGAAUUCACAAAGAAUUUAGAUAAUUCGUAUAAAGAUUAUCAACAAUGGUUGAAUGCAGAACUGGGUCGUUCAUCCGACACGACUGAUCGCGAGUGCAAAUUUUUGAAUGAGACAUCCUUAAAAGUGUCAUCGAAAAUCAAAGAUAUGAUGCAGACUACCAAUGUAGAAAUCGCAAAGAAUUUACGUCAAUUGAACGACAACGUAUCUCAGAAGAUUAAUAAUUUAAAGAUGUAUACAAACGACUCAAUAAGGCAACUUUGUAACUACAAAUUGGAGGAACGCGAUAAUUUGUAUAAAAAUAUAACUGAGAUACGACAGAAUGUACAAACCGUUCGUGAAAAGGAUGAUAAAAUUAUGGUGGAGCAGGAAAGGUUCAAGAAGUCAUUCGAAAAUCUAUGGUUACAAUUUAACAAGUUGAGUGAAAACGUGACUGAGAAUUACUCUACAGCGUGCGCCACUUUGAGUCGUGUUAAUGACGUUUGCGAUAGUACAAAUAAUGAUAUCCUCAGCAAUUAUAACAAAUUUGUUGAGAAGAAUGAAAAUCUGCAGCAGAAAAUUCAGAGCGACAUAGAGACACUCAAGAGUGAUGCAGAAUCUGAAUUGGAAAAGAAUUGGACAUUGGCUGGACAGAGUGCAGUAGAAAGCUGUAAUUUGGCAAAUGAUAUUCAAACAGACUUAAACAAUCAUUGCAAUGAGUUAGCUCAGAACAAACUGUGCGUCGAAAAUGACAUGAAGCAGAUGCAACAGAAAUUCACGGAAGACAAUUCUUCUUCCGUUGGAUCCGUUAAAACUAUUUAUAACAUAUUAAUACAAGGAAAUAACGAUCACAUGAAACUUAUGAAAGAAUUGAAGAAGAAGAAUCUAGAAGCAUCCGUAAAAGUGGGUGACCAAAUUAAGAGUCAGAGCGAAAGUUUGUCCGAUUGGAAUGACGUAGCAACAAUGGAACUACAAUCGAUACAAGAAAGAGUUGGGAAGUUCCUUGUUGAAGAUUUACGACGUGACACCCCAACGGGAUUCACACCUGCGAGAAAGGAAUAUCAGUAUCCAAGAAAUCUCGCUGUAACUUCUCCACACGAGCGAAUCAUUCACAGGUUUAGGCAAACGAGAAAUUAUCUGGACAACUCUGACGAUGAGGGAACAAUAUUGGUUAAUAACAAUUCGCCGAAAAAGCAAUGUCCGAACGCAAAUAAGUAAGCUUAUCUGGUAAUCAGCUGCAUUUUUUAUACUUAUGAUAGGAUUUCAUUUGCAUGCUAGAUUUACCGUAAAAUAUUGUAUUUUUAUAUACUGACAUGUGUAUAAUGUGUAGUAAACGAUACGAAUAAAUAAUUGACAGAAAA